AUGCCUAGCAUGUGGUUAACGGAGAACCAGAAGAUCGGUGUGGUCUUCUGCUCAGCGGGUGGACUGUUCCUCUUUGGAGGAGUACUGAUGUUCUUCGACCGAUCCUUACUCGCUAUGGGAAACAUCCUCUUCAUCAUUGGAUUGACCCUGAUCAUCGGUGUCCAGAAAACAAUCGCUUUUUUCACUCGUCCGCAAAAACUCAAGGGAACUGCCGCUUUCGCCGCUGGUAUCAUUCUCAUCCUUUUCCGCUGGCCCUUGACUGGAUUCUUGAUCGAGCUGUACGGCUUGUUCAUCCUCUUCGGUGAUUUCCUCGUUACAAUCGGACAGUUCGCGGGAAACAUUCCAGUGAUUGGACCCUAUAUCCAGCGCGGAUUGGAAAUUUUGGCGGGUGGCAGGAGCAAUGCCGAGCUCCCUGUAUGA